AACUUGAGUGCGGUGACCUACCGGAGGGUAUUCCGGGUCAUAAUUCGCCCGUUUGUUAAUUGCUGUUAGUCGGUAAAUGAACCCCAAUUCCGCCAAUGCUACUGUUGCGGCGAUUCAAUGGAGUUCGGAUUACUUCUGCUGGCUCCGUUCGGCUUCUAUCUGUAAAACCCAUUGCCAGUGUUGAUGAUGCGAAUCUUCGAUGUCAGGAAGAGGAUCAGUCCAGUUACGAUCAGAAAGCAGUAUGCGAAGCGCUCUCCUGUUACAGCAACGAUUGGCAAAAGGCGUUGGAGUUUUUCAACUGGGUCGAGAAAGAAUCCGGAUUCAGACAUACCACCGAGACAUUUAAUCGGAUGAUUGAUAUUCUGGGUAAGUAUUUCGAGUUCGACGCUUCUUGGGGUUUGAUAAACCGGAUGAUUGGAAUGCCUCAAUCUCUGCCGAAUCACGUUACGUUUCGUAUAGUCUUCAAGCGUUAUGUUACGGCUCAUCUUGUCCAGGAAGCUAUUGAUGCGUAUGAUAAAUUGGAUGAUUUCAAUUUGAGGGAUGAAACAUCUUUCUAUAAUCUGGUCGAUGCGCUCUGCGAGCAUAAACAUGUGGUUGAAGCUGAGGAGCUUUGUUUUGGGAAGAAUGUGAUUGCUAAUGCUUUUAGUCUUAGUAAUACUAAGAUUCACAAUCUGAUUCUUCGCGGGUGGUCCAAAUUGGGAUGGUGGGGUAAAUGCAAGGAGUUUUGGGAGAAGAUGGACACUGAAGGUGUUGCAAAGGAUUUGUUUUCGUAUUCUAUUUACAUGGAUAUCAUGUGCAAGAGUGGUAAACCAUGGAAAGCUGUGAGAUUGUAUAAGGAAAUGAGGAGUAGAGGGAUAAAGCUCGAUGUGGUUGCGUAUAACACUGUGAUUCGCGCCAUUGGAGCGUCGCAAGGUGUUGAGUUUGGUAUCAGGGUGUUUCGCGAGAUGAGGGACAGAGGCUGUGAACCUAAUGUUGCAACGCAUAACACAAUCAUCAAGCUUCUAUGUGAAAACGGGCGGAUGAGAGACGCGUAUCAGAUGCUUGAUGAGAUGCCUAAGAAAGGAUGUCAAGCAGAUUCGAUAACUUACAUGUGUCUCUUUGCCCGUCUGGAGAAACCAAGUGAGAUCCUAAGUCUGUUUGGUAGGAUGAUAAGAAGUGGGGUGAGGCCAAAGAUGGAUACAUAUGUGAUGCUAAUGAGGAAGUUUGAGAGAUGGGGAUUUCUUCAGCCGGUUUUAUAUGUGUGGAAGACAAUGAAAGAGUCUGGGGAUACUCCUGAUGCAGCUGCUUAUAACGCUGUGAUUGAUGCUUUGAUUCAGAAAGGAAUGUUGGAUAUGGCUAGGGAAUAUGAGGAGGAAAUGAUUGAAAGAGGGCUAUCUCCAAGGAGAAGGCCUGAGUUGGUAGAACAGUCCUUGGAAGAAACGCUGGUUACUGGUAGAUAAGAGAUCAUUCUAUUGGUUAAGUGUUCAAAAGAUAAAUGAAGGGACUGGUUCUGGUGCCUGCGUUUCUGUCUUGAUAUCAAGAAGCCUCCGUUGGUUGAAGAAAUCUCCCUCAAGGUAUAUCAUCUUUGCCAUAAAGUGCACACAUUUCAGUUCAAAGCCGAGGAGGCACGAUGUAGCCAUUUUCCAGAAAGGAAAAAAAAAAAAGAAAAAGAGUUAUUUUCUUAAUUAAACUUUCUGAAGAAAAAUUGCCACGAGAAAAGCAAAAGCAGAAAAAAGUUGGUACCAGUCAAAACAUUAAUCAAUGUAAAGUUAAUUGUGUAAUUAAUGCCUUUCUCCGUAUCUCCAA